CUAUAUAUUUAUAACCUUGUCGUUCUAGGCAAGCACCUACUUGUUUCAAUUUCUCUGUUAAUUUCAAUGGAUGAUUUGGAUGGCCAUCCCUUGUACAGCUGUAACCGUUGCCGGAAUCCAAUCGCACUUCGUUUCAACCUUCUUUCGAAAGAUUUCAAGGCAAGAUCGGGACAAGCGUAUAUGUUUUCGGAGGCGAUGAAUGUUGUGUUGGGGGGAAAGAGAGAGCAGCAGCUGAUAACAGGGCGGUAUGUGGUGGCGGAUGUGUCGUGCAGCAAGUGCGGGGAGGUGUUGGGGUGGAAGUACUUAAAAUCUCUGGAUGAUUCACAGAGAUACAAAAUUGGAAGAUUCAUCAUCGAGAAAGCCAAGGUUCUGAAGGAAUACUCUUGACUUCCCCAUGUUCUUGAUGUGUAAUAUUUACAGUAAACUUGAUGAUUGUUGUUUUCGUUAUUGUAAUUUCUGUUAUAGUGUUAUGUAACUUAUUAUCUUGAGAAACGUAAAGAUACCUGGAAAUAAUUUAAUA